GAUACGGCGCCCACGCGAAAGCUUUCAAUAUCUACAUCAUCAAGUCACGCCCGCACGUUUAAUGGCCCAACAUGUCUUCUCAAGCUGAACCAAGCGGAGAUCCAUGGGAUAAAGAGACGAAGCGCAAGUUCCAGAAUAAAUCCGUGAGCGAAUUCUUUGACCCUUGUCAAGAGGCUGCAGCGAAAAGUAUCCGAUGUCUGAACCGGAAUGGAGGAGAUAGGAAAAUGUGCACCGACUACUUUGAGGCAUACCGUGCUUGCAAAAAGGAAUGGACUAAUAAAAGGAAGAGGGAAGGUGGCAGCAUCUUCUUCCGCUCAUAGUCUAGACUUGAGAUCUACUUGAGAGUCUUGAACUCGGACAGACAUUUCCACCUAGACAGUAUCAAUUGAUAUUUGGGGGUUUUGAGCUGAGGCAGCAGGUUUUACCGUUUUGCUAUUCAUUACUUAUAUAAGGAAUAGUUGUAAUAAUAUCUGUAAAACUGAGGACAGAGGCUACAAAGAACAUGAAGGCGUAACUCGUACACAUUUUCAUGUCGAUUAGUACCUAUGUAGGUAGGUACUAAUCCCUAAGGACUGUAGCGUGAAUUGGGGGUGCUAGGUACCUACAUGUAGGUACAUGAUUGUAACCUGAGGCGCCAGUAAUGUAGCCCUAUAUUACCUCAUAGGUAUAGGGCGAGUGUUACAG